UAAACUGUUCUUAUCCCAACCCACGAGCGUUACCCUUCUGAUUCUCUCCCCCAUCUACCGGUGGGGGAGUGAGCGAGCGGCUGUGUGGGGCUGAGCUGCCGCUAAACCAUGACACUUACCCUUUUACUUCUCACCAAGUAUCUGGAUGAAAGCUGCUGGGGAUGGCUUUUACAAGUGUGCUAAAUCAGAUUAAUAACCUUGUUAAGGGAACUGCAGCCUGAGGGAGCUGUUUUCCUGUACAGUACUUCAGACAGACGUGAAAGACUCUAUUCAGAGCAGGAUAAACUUACCUAGGUUUGGAAGAAGGAUGCUCCAGCCCAGUGCAGAAAAGAUGCUUUCAUGAACUACAUGCUUCUGAUUUACAGUGCAACAGCAAUCGGCAAGAGUCGGCGUUGUCUGAGCUGUAAAUGCCUGGCAGAGUUGCGAGCGGCUGUGUUUUUGGCAUUAGAAGAACAAGAGAAAGUAGAGAACAAAACACCUCUGGUAAAUGAAAGCUUGAAAAGUUUUUUAGGUACAAAAGAUGGUCGCUUGGUAGCAGGUCUUGUUGCAGAAUUUCUACGGUUUUUCAAUCUUGAUUUUACAUUGGCUGUCUUUCAGCCUGAAUCAAGCACAGCUUCGCCCCUACAGCUAAAUGGACUUGAUGGUCGAGAAAACUUAGCUCGAGAUUUGGGAAUUAUAGAAGCAGAAAGUACUGUGAGCGGUCCCCUGUUGUUGGAGGUUGUCAGAAAAUGUCAGCAGAAAAAGGCUUCAGGCAGUGGGGAAGUGGCUCCAGUUCUGAGUGAUAGCCUGUGCCCCACAUCAAAAUCGUCUGAUGGAAGAUCAAGUACACACCCUACACCAAAUAAGGUGGCUGAAAGCACUCAGAGUGAUACAAGUGUCUCAUCAGGGGAAGCAAGCAAAAGAAGCAUUCAUUUUCUGCCUAAUGAAACAAGACUAGAUCCUCAACUAGAAAACAAAGACUUAAAUACCAAAGAAAAAAGUGAUCCAGGUGUGGAUGAAGAUGAUGUAGAGGGAGAUUCUUUUUUUGAUGAUCCUAUACCCAAACCAGAAAGAACGUACGGCUGGAAAACCGAAGCUAAUAAAGCAGGAGGUCUAGCAUCCCUUUCUGAUGCACCGCCUCUAAAAAGUGGGUUAAGCUCCCUGACUGGUGCACCUUCGCUAAAAGAGUCUGAGAAUUUGAAUAGAAACUCUGUUUUGAAAGACCUGCGGUUGGUGAAUGCAAAACUGGGAUCACUAGAAUUAGGAAAUGGAGACGACGAUGAGUAUGCUGAUGACUUCAACAGUACUAGUCAUCGCUCAGAAAAAAGCGAUAUCAGCAUUGGUGAAGAAAUAGAUGAAAUUUCUGUGGAAACAGAAGGGUCGAAUGCCAGUGACAAACUUGAAGGCACCACACAAGACCUUACCGUUUCUCAGUUAAGUGAUGUUGCAGAUUAUCUAGAAGACGUGGAAUAGAAUUGGACAGCAAAAACGUUUCAUUGUGCUGGACUAGAAGACUGCUGUGGACUGUUAAUUUCAGACAAUCACUUUUUGCUGGAACGUCCACUCCCUAUUUGUGCCUUGUAUUUCAAAAAGACUGUAGGUGGAGAAGGCUUUUAAAUACUCUUAGCAAGAACUAAAUGAAAUAGUGCGUUCCCAUUUGAAUCUCGUUACUUUCUUUAUUUGGUUCAGCCAAACGUUUUAUAGCAGGAGGUGGAUUUUCCAAGCAGAAUGUCCAUUGCUGGCAGUGGGCGUAACAAAAACCAGUCGGUAAGAGAACAUCUACGGAGAGGCGUGUGGCUUUAUAAUGAACUUGCACUGUUGUUAUAGCAGUCCAAAUCUCUUUGUUUUUUUAAAGAUAACCAAAGCAAGAACCUUCAGAGGUCGUGGUUCAACUCACUUGUCUUUCAACACAAUUUUGUCAAGUCAGCAUGUAGUGUAUAUUUAUGGUGACUCUAGCCACAAUACCUAAUUGCUCCAGACUUACUUGAAACUGCUGUUUUUCUGACUCUUCUGAAAGUUGGACUUUUUUAAAGGUGUAUCAAGUUGAGAGUACCUAAACUCUCAAAUCUAAAUUUAGCUAAAUUCAGGAGCUAAAUUUAGCACUAGUCUUAACUCCGAAUAUUCUUGUUUAAAUAUGUUUUUAAGACCAUUGAUGUCAAGAACCUAAGCUGGUUUUAUACACGAUAAUUUCAUUGAUGUUGUCUGUUGUUAAAUCCCAAAAAGCAAUUUUCUAAAGAUCCACAAAUCAUUAAAUCUUACUGGUUUUUGUGAAGUUUUUAACAAGUGUGGUAAUGGUUUGUGGAGCUUUUUGAGGGCUCUUCACGUGCUGUAAGCUCACUUCCAUUCUUGAUAACCCUUGUUAUGUAAAAAUGAGCGCCAAAAAGUAAAACCACUAACCUUCUGUUUUUCAGCUUCUGACUGCAGUACAGAAUCCAAAUAUUAAAAAACAUCGUACUGAAGACAUCACGGACACUAAGUUCUAGCUAAGAGCAAAUUCUUGUAUUUUCAUUAUAGUCUUGCGAAACAGGGUCAGCAAUAGAAACAUUGGCAGGUUUUUUACCGAUACUGUUGCACAUGGCGCUGCUAUAAUAUUUAGGCCAUGGACAUUCAUAAUACUGAAACGAGACUUCAAAACGUGCACUUUCUGAACGUUGUGAACACAUUCGCAAAACAUACGUGUAAGUGAAUAGGAAUAAUUUUUUGUUUUUAGGCUUUAUAAUUUUUUUCAUAAAACCUGUUGGCGCCUCGCCGGCGGUCACCAGUGGAAGCAGCGUGCUAAACUGAAGCUGCUGGUUAAGCGCAUAGAGCUGCUGCUAGUGUUGGAUGCUGACUUCAAUCCCUUUGCACUGGGCCAGCAGGCAUGGAGCAGUGCUGGGAAGUUAGGCUCGUACAGUACGUAGCUGAUUUGAGAGGAGAGAGUAAAAGCGUGCCUUUUAUUUAUGCGCACCCCAAAAUAGCCAGCAAAAAAGCAUCAGAAUAUCUAGUCAUGGAGUUAAGUUCAAACUUUGCCGUAUUGUAGCGGCUGAACACAGAGCCCCCCCCCAAAUUAAUAAAAUCAAUGUGCCAUAGACUUCAAAUAGCAACAAUGCUGUAACGUGAUACACCCUGUGUAAAAAAAAAAAAUAAAAAAAAAAAAAAAAUUUCCUUUAAGUAUGGGGGAACCUGUGCCUCAAGAUACUAUGUAUGUAAAGUCUGGUUUGGGCUCUUUCCUUUUUACUUUUUUUUCUUCUUUUCAAAGAAGAGCAACAGCAUGUCUGAAAGAAAUAAAAUUCCACUCGAAUACCUGGGAGCAACAGGUUUCUGGCAUCCGUUUUUAAGGUGUAUGGAAUAGUGUAGAGACAGUGUUGCUUGCCUUUUUUUUUUACAUGUCUUGGGAAAACAUGAUGUUCCGUUAGCUGUAGGAUGUGUGUCAGUUUAUCAUACCAAAAGAAGCAAAAACUUUAUGAAAUGAUUUCUAGUUGCAUUUGAAGAUGUGGCCUUUUAAAUAAUUAGGUAUUUGAAGUGUUAACAUGACUUUUGUUCGCAGCAAAGUGUUGUUCUCUUACCUUGGGGGUUAAUUGGAGACCUUGCACUUCGGCUCUAAUUCAAGGAAAUGCCAAAAAGUGGUAAGUUUCCGUGCUGUGCCUCCCGUGGGCUUUUACUGAAUUGUAUAUAAUAACUCAAAUUGUAAAAUAAAGCUAUUGUGCUGGCUAAA